UAUAUAUAGAUACAUAUAGAUUACAAUGAACCUAUAAGUCACUCACACGUGGCGACUAAAUAAAAUAUUAUUUUUAAAAUUAACAUUUCACACAUUUAAUAUUAACCAACAAUUAAUGUUUCAUUAAUCGUCAAUUGUAAUUAAUUUUAAAAAAAGUAACGAUUUUAUUUAUUGUUAUUGUUUUUGUUAUAAAAUUUAUCAAAGUUAAUAAUAAGCAAAAGAUUAUAAUUAAUUUAACAAUGAAGUAUUUUUAUUUAUUUAUUUAUUUAUUUUCAAUUUCAAUUGAAAAUUUGUCAGCAAGUGGAGAAAAAAAUGACAGUAAAUUUAUACCGACACAUGAAUGGCAAAUUGUAAAAAAAGGUCAGCCAAUACCAAGGGGCCUUCAUGUAAGACAUGAUUUUGGAACAGGUGUAACAGAAGCUAAAUUAGAUGAUGAAAAAAAUGAUGAAUCGCAGCGUUCAUUGGCACUUCAUUCAGAAGCAUCAGAAAGUGAUGAUAAUUUUCGGAAAAAUGAUAAUGAACAACACAGUAAAUUAAAAAUAUCUCUAGAGGAAUUAAAAACGCGCCUAAAAAACAUUAAAGCUGAUGUUAAAGAUGACUUGAAACAUACCGAAGAUAUCAGAAAAAAAUUCCGGAGUUAUGAAGAAUUGAAAGACGAACUGAAAUCUGUUGACAUGAAUGUUACAACAGACUCGGAAAUAUUAAUUGGUCUGUUCGAAAGAUUCAAAAUUUAUGAUCGUCCUUUAGCUAGUGGGACUCUACAGAGUAAAGAAGUUGAAGAUAUUUUACAUAUAUUUAAUGAUCUUGAGUAUUUACUUCAUCAAAUAGAUGUUGCUCAAUUAUUUGCUGAUAUGGAAGGGAUGUCAAAAAUAAUAUCGCCAUGUUUGAAUACAACGAACGACGAUAUAAAAAUUGAAGCAUUGAGGGUCCUCGGUACUGCUGUUCAAUUAAAUCCAAAGGUCCAAGCAAGAGCUUUGAAUAAUGAUCUGGUACAAAAACUUCUGCAUUUGUUGUCAGUGAACAACAAACAGUUAGUGAGAUCAAGAUGUUUGUUUGCACUGGGUGCUUUGAUAAGACAAUUUCCAUCAGCACAAAAAGCGUUCAUUGAUCACGGAGGGUUAGAAAUAUUCGGUAAAAUUUUAGAAAAUAAUCAAUUGCCGACCCAACUUAGAGCGAUUAGGUUAAUUACUGACUUAGCAGUAGAAAGAGAGUUUAUAAAUAAGACUGAAGACGAGGGACUUCGGUUGAGAAAAAUUCGAGAAUACAAAAAAACAGAUUUUGAGCAAAAAUUAUUGUUGCAUAAUUAUUGCAAAUAUUUAUCGAGUAUUGUAAAGAAAAAUUUUCAACACGACAUUUCUCUUGAUUCCUCAACGGAAAUGAAUGAGUUUUUAGAAGUAAUUCUUGAAAACAUGAUCAUUUUAAGUCCUACAUGUAAAGAUGAGUUCCGAAAUAACGAGCAUGGGCUUUUUUCAACAUUAAAUGAAAUACUUAAUUAUUAUAAUAAAAUAAAAGAAGGAAAUUCUCAAGCUUGGCAAGAAAAUGAAAUGCUGGAAAAUAAUUUUCAGAAAAUAUUAAAAUUUAAAAAACUUAUAUUGGAAAAUUUUCACGAUGAACUGUAAUGUGAUAAAAUAAAAUUUUAAUAAUACUUUUUCUUCUUAGUUCAUUUUUAAUCGCAUCAACAUCCUGGUCAUAAAUGACUACAAUUAUAGAAAUGCAGUUACGUAUUGCACUUCAUGACACAAUUUUAGUUACCUUGAGCAAGUAGAUUUUAGUUACCUUUUAGUUAGCAAGACUUGAUGAAAUCUUUGGCAAGUAUACUUAUGAAAUCCUUUUCUUUUAAGUCUUGUUUGAAUCUUCCAUAAGAAACUUGUUGACGACCAUUCGUCAAGUAACUUCUUUAGAACAAUGCUAUUAUCCUAGUAGCAUUCUUAAGGAAGUCUAACAUAAAUCUACAUCUUCAGUCUUCAGCAAGUCUGCAUCAACAACACUAGUGGCAAUCUUAAGGAAGUCUUACGUAAAUCUGUAUCUUUAGUAGGGUGUGUCAUUUUAAGGCUAUAUUUUUUUUUACUGCUAUACCAGAAAAUCUGGUAGUAUAUAGAAAAUAAAAAAUUAUGCCGCUGGGCUAAAGGGUUUAAGUCCAAUAGCGGCUUAACUCAUCAAAAAAUUCGAUUUCCCAUUUAAAUAACACGGGAAAUUUUUUUUUUAACUUUGAGUAUUUUUAACUCGUGAACAAAUCAAUAGAUCGAAUUGACUAAUACAUAUUUUUGUAGGAAAUUAAACGCUCUACAAAAAAGGUCUCUUAUCAUUUUUCGAUCAAUCCAUCUGUUCUAAAGUUAUUAGAGCUCGAAGUCAAGUUAUAGUAAAUUUCGAGAUCUUUUUACUUUUCCGGCAAAACUAUCAGACUUACCAUAAUAUGUUAUAAGGUCUUUUUUGUUGACAAUUUUAUUCUCUACAAAUUAUCAUCAGUAAAGUUUUUUCAAAUUUCGCAUUGUUUUCUAGUUUUUUUUCAUUUCAAUGUCGAGCUCUUGAAAUCGAUCAGAAUACUACUUUUUUAAAAGCUUGAAAUUAAAAUGAAAAUAACUAGAAAACAAUGCGGAAUUUGAAAAAAUUUUACUGAUAAUAAUUUGUAGGAAAUAAAAUUGUCUACAAAAAAGAUUCCUUGAUAUUUUGUGAUAAGUCUGAUAGUUUUGCCGGAAAAGUAAAAAGAUCUCGAAAUUUACGAUAACUUGAUUUCAAGCUUCCAUAACUUUUGAACAAAUGGAUUUAUCAAAAAAUGAUAAGAGACCUUUUUUGCAGAGCGUUCAAUUUCCUAUAAAAAUAUGUGUUAGUCAAUUCGAUCUAUUGAUUUUUUCACGAGUUAAAAACACUCAAAAAAAAAAAUUUCCCGUGUUAUUUAAAUGGGAAAUCGAAUUUUUUGAUGAGCUAAGCCGCUAUUGGACUUAAAUAUAGCCUUAAAAUGACACACCCUAAUCUUUAGUCUUCAGUAAGUCUACAUCAUCAACCCUAGCAGCAUUCUUAAGGAAGUCUUACUUAAAUCUGUAUCUUAAGUCUUCAACAAGUCUGAAUCAUCAGUCUUGGACGAGUCACAGGCAAGAUAGGUUAAGUAAAUCUGUAGUAACAUUUGCUGAAGAUGUAUUAGCUCAGCCUUGCUGCAGAAUUGCUUCAGAUACCAGGACACGACUGCCCUCUUCGUUACUUCGUAAUUCGUCUAUUCAGCAUUAGUAUAGUAAAUUCAGUGGCGCCCAAUGUUCAAUAUAAUUUUAUCGAGUGAUAGCAUUAUUAAUUUGUAUCCCUUUUAAUUUAAAUGAAGAUCACUGGGUUUGCUAAAGGAACUGCGUUUGAGCUUGAAGAUGAAGAGACCCGAUAUCUUAAGCAAUUCUGUAGCAACUCUGACUGGAAAUUGUUAGAUAGUUCGUAUAUUGGUUCAGAAUUGCUGCAAACUUUCUACAGAUUUCCGUAAAUUUUUAAAAAGAAUCUUAAGCAAGACUUGAUGAAAUCUUUGGCAAGUAUACUUAUGAAAUCCAUCUCCUUCAAAUCUUGUUUAAAACUUCCGUAAGAAAUUUGCUGAAAGACAUUCGUCAAGUCACUUACUAAGACAAUGCAGCUAGAAAAUGCUCCGUGGAGAAAGUGGUUGGAUCUUUGCUGACUGUCAUUGUGUCAAACAUGGGAUGUUUUAGUUUUUUUUUUUAGUAAAAAAAAACUAUGUUAAUAAAAUCUAUAAUUUUAAAUGAAAAUAUAAUUGAUUUAUUUCGUCUAAUUAUUCAAUAUAUUAGAUAAAUAAUAAUUUUUCCAAGAGAUUAUAAUACAUUUUAUUUACAAAUCAAUUUUACAUAGAUUUGAUUGUAAACAAUUUUAUAAUUUAUACUAAUAAUUACUUAGAUUAAAAAAAAAAAAAAUUUUCAUUGACUGAACUAAUUUGUGAAAAUAAACACUCGCACAAGUCAUCUUUUUUCUGAAAAAGUAUCAACAGUUCAGCCCUAUAAUACUAUAGAUAAACCUGUUAUCUUACUAACUUAAGUAUAUAGAAAAUAACAGCAAGUAAAAAAAUGAAUGCCAAAUUUUGUAUUAUCACAAAAAAAUAAAGAAAUUUAUUAUUAUUUUCUUUUCUUAAAUUUAAUUGUUUGUUGAGUGAUCAUUUUCUUCAGUGCAAUCCAUCACUGACUGUAAAGUUUAUUAGUUAUCAUAAACUAUACAAGUCAUUAAUAUGAAGUAAUUGAUUGAGAAAUUAUAGUGGAAAAUAAAUAACAAAUAUUUCUUGUUAUUAAAUAAAUUAUUUAAUUUUUUCUAUCACUUUUAAUUCUUUUCAAAAGUUUUCUUUCGGGAUUCAAAAAAAAAAUUAUUAUUUCAAAAAUCGAAAAUUUCAAACUACAUUUUGAUAAUUUCAUUUCUUUACAUUAUUUACAAUAAAGAAAUAUAAAAAGCAAAAAAA